AACGGGAAAAAUGCGAGGAGUAUACAAAUGCAUUACAGUAAGGCGAAAUCCAAACAACAAUGGAGAAAAGGGAGGAGAGGCAAAGAAAGGAGGAGGAGGAGGAGGAGGAUCCGGUCCAGCCGAGGGAGCACCAACCGCCCAAUAUCUCGCCUAUGGAGCCCGUCACCAGGGAAGCCUACGGCGGGGGAAUGUACGGCACGGAGGCGGGACAGCCGCAGAAGCCCAGAAACCCACCGGCCAGCGACACGCAGAGCGCCGAUGGGCCGGCUGAACCGGCGGUCAAGCCAAAGCAUAAGCCGCCGCCGUCAACCGGAGACCGUGACGUUGAUAUCACCGGCCAAUCUUAUAUCCAGUGAAAAAUGUCUCGAUAUAUUUUCUGUGUUUUUGGAAUUUGGAAUGUGUGUUGUUUUGUAGAUUUCAUCUUGUUUUUUGGUUCUUGCGUUUAUGCGAUUUAUGAAAAGUCAUGUUUUUUUUUU